AUGGAGGCUCUUGAGGUUGAUGACAUUAGCCCUGCCUUGGAAGUGACUGAAGACUUUUUUAAUAGUUUUGAUACUAAGCUUGAAAAGAUUGUUCAGCCCUCUGAGGUAUACGAUGUGCAAGAGGUCCCUGAACUGGUUGGGCAUGAGGUAUUUGAUCAGAUAACAGAGAGCAGGAACCUGAGGAAUUUUGCCUCCUUAGCUAAAAGUAGCCUCAUCUGGGAUCACUGCAAAAAUGGCGUCUUGGAAACCAAAGCUGAGACAGUGUUCCCUGCCAAAGACCAGCGUGUGGUGCAGAGGGGAACAGCUGCUGACAACCUUGCUUGGGCAGAGGAAGGGGAGACUGCCACUUUUAAUAUCUUCAAAAUCUGCCAGCGGAGGAGAGACAGGCCUCGUUCAGUCAGUGACAUUCUGGUGCAGAAUGAGGAAGCCUCCACGUUCAAGCCAGGACACAACAGGUCACGCUCUGACAUCAGCCAUGUAAACUGGGGGUUUGUCUUCACAGGCACCUCCCUGCAGCAGCCACCCGUGCCUGGUCAGGACAAUAACUGCACCCUGCUUUCUUACCUGGCCUUAGCCAAGGGAGAGGACAUCCAAGGAAACAGAGAACACAAGGCAUUGUUCCCAAACAUUCUGAAGAAGGGAUACUUAGAAAUUAGAAGAAACAAUGACAGCUACUGGCAAGCCUGUUACGCUGAGCUCUCCCCAUACAAACUGUACCUGUAUUGCUUGGACAGCAGUGGCAACCAGGCUCUUCCCACCGUGUAUCCGCUCAUGCAUUUUCAAAGGGUCACUGUUACUGGUUGCAUUGAAACCAAGGUGGUGGAUGCUGUCCUGUCAGACAACUCACAGCUACAGCUGAAGGCGGAGUCCUCAUGGGAAGCUUUGGAUUGGGGACAGAAACUCUGGGAAGUGGUGAGAGCUUCUGUGGCUGCUUUCACAAGACAGCAGAAGAAACUGGAGAAUGUGCCAAAGCCUGAAAAUAACAGUGACCUUUCACAAACCAAUGGGUUACUAGAGAAGCCUAUGGAGCUCUUCCUGUCCAUGAAUUUGACUGAAAACACUAAAGAGUACCAAAAUAUUCUCAAAUCAGGGACUCUUUAUAGGUUAACUGUCCAGAAUAACUGGAAGGCAUUUACUUUUGUCCUGAACAGGUCUUACCUCAUGGCAUUCCAACCGGGUAGGCUUGAUGAAGAUCCUUUGCUGAGCUACAAUGUCGAUGUGUGCCUGUCGGUCCAGACAGAUACUCAGGAUGGCUGUGACUCUUGCUUUCAGGUAAUUUUUCCUCAAGAUGUCCUCCGCCUACGUGCAGAGACCCAUCAGAGGGCCCAGGAGUGGAUGGAGGCACUGACAGUAGCAGCCAAUGCUACUAGAAGUUUAACUCAGAACCCACAAGUCACACUUAGGAACAAACCUGGAGAUCGGCUGUUUGUAAAAGAUCUUAGAAAGAGCAAGCGCCAGUCUGUGACCACCAGCUUCCUGAGCAUCCUUACCACACUGUCUCUAGAGAGAGGGCUCACAGUUCAGAGCUUCAAGUGUGCAGGCUGUCAGCGCUCCAUAGGCUUGUCCAAUGGAAAAGCCAAGGUGUGCAGCUACAGUGGAUGGUAUUACUGCAGCACCUGCCAUGUGGAUGACAGCUUCCUCAUCCCUGCACGGCUGGUUCAUAACUGGGACACUUCCAAGUACAAGGUGUCAAAGCAAGCCAAGGAGUUUCUGGAAUAUGUUUAUGAGGAGCCAUUGAUUGAUAUCCAGCAGGAAAAUCCUAUGUUGUACAAGCAUGCUGAACCUCUGGCAACUGUUGUCCGCCUGAGACAGCAGCUAAAAUCUCUCCGAGCCUAUUUGUUCAGCUGCAGAGCAGCAGUGGCUGAAGAUCUGCGUAGAAGGAUCUUUCCCAGAGAGUAUCUUCUCCAGCAAAUCCAUCUUUAUUCUCUCGCAGACCUUCAGCAGGUUAUUGAAGGAAAGCUGGCUCCUUUCUUGGGGAAGGUGAUCAAGUUUGCCACCUCUCAUGUGUACAGCUGCAGCCUUUGUAGUCAAAAGGGUUUCAUCUGUGAAAUUUGCAACAAUGGAGAAAUCCUUUACCCCUUUGAGGACAUUUCUACAAGCAGGUGUGAAAGCUGUGGUGCUGUCUUCCACUCUGAGUGCAAAGUGAAGGCUGUACCAUGCCCCAGGUGUGUGCGUAAAGAAUUGCAGAAGAAGCAGAAAUCCUUCUGGAGGCAACUGAAUAUGGAUGAAAACUUCGAAGAGUCUUGCAACAUGUUUGAGUUGUCAUAUCAGAACACAUGA